GCAGUUAUUGCUAUGGCAACCCCACUCACAAGUUAUCGGUGGUAGAAACUAAUUGAACUUAAAAACCGCACUGCAGACACACCUUCGAGUGCAAUAAACAAAAAACCUAAAACACACCGGGAUUAAAAAAAAUGACUUCUUGCCUCGUCCCCGACCUCCCUGCUGUCCUGGUUGCUCUCGAGCAUUUAAAGGAACUGGACAAACAGCUGAAAGAGGACGGAAUAACAUUCUCUCUUGAAGCUAGCCUCCAUCAGACAGAGAUAACUGCUGCUAUCACUGAACUGGAGCCUUACCGGCGUGCUGCUCAUGAACAUUUAGAAGUGGAAACCAUAGAAAAUAGCAAGCUAAGACAUCAAAUUAACAAUAUUAGAGAACGAAUGAGCCAGGAAAUCAUGGCUGACGUAGCAGCAGCCCGGACAUCCAACGCUGAGGAGAUGGAGCAGCUGCAACAAGACUUUAUCAUAGUUUCUCAGCUUCGAGAAGCAACUGUGACGAGGCAGGAAGUCCUCUUGGGACAAAACGAAGAGCUGUACCGAGAGCGAGAGCAGGUGAUGGCUGAACAUAAAGAGGUCGUUGCUGCUCUGAAUGAUCAGAUCACCUUGAAGUAUGGCUUGCAGAUGCAUAUGGAUCAGACACAGGAGCAGACUGAGAAGCUGAAGUCCAGCAUUGCCACCGCUGAACAGGACAAAAUAACACUGCAGCAUGACAUAGUAUUGGAGAGAGAGGCUUUCGCUGUAAAACAAGAGAGUCUGCACAGAGAAGUGGACCAGGUUGAGGGGAAAGUUAAGCAACAGAAGCAAGUGAUCAAGAGGAGCAGGAGAGAGUUGGACAGAGUUAACAACAAAAAAAAAGAAGCACAUGACCAUCUGGGCAAGCUCACGAUUCCCAUGGCCAAGCUGCAGAACAAUUUACAAAGACUGGCAGCAUCUCGGUGCCAGUGUGAGCAAAAGCUGGAGGGGGAAACCCAAAAGCAUCAAGGGUUAAGGCAACAGAGAGAAACACUGAACAAAGAGCUGUGUGAAUUAGGAGAAGCCUUUAGUGUUUCCGUCCAGCGUCUUAAAGAGGAAAUUGCCACGGUGGAAGAUAAAAUAGAGGAAGGUCGAGCAACAAGAUUGCUUUGUCAAGACACCCUGGCUCAAAACCAUGAGAUAUUCAACCGCCAGAAUGAUGAAGAGAAUGAAGUGAGGGCAGAGAAUUUCACAGUCUCACAGCAGCUUGAACGAUCCAGGCUGAAGCUGGAGGAGCGCAUCACCUCCAUAGUCAAACACAGCAAGGAGAUCAAAGAGAUGAACAGGCAGAUGACGGAGCUCCUGGAAGCCAACACAAUCAACAAACGCAUAUUUGAGAAGAAUCAGGAAGAGAUGUGCAGUAAUGUUAAUGCAGAGAAGAGCAACAUUCACCGUUUUGAGGAAGAGAAGAGGCGCCUAACAGUGUUAUUGGAAGAGGCAAAGAGGAAGCAGAAGCAGCAUGUGGCGAAAAUGACCUCCGAUAUCAGCAGCACCAGGAGGAGGUACCAGGAGCUUCAACAGGAGGAGGCAGCGCUCCAACAGCAGCACCCCACAAGCAUAGAUGCUGACUUGCUGAUAAGCCACGUGACCCAGUGCGAGAUGGAGUACAGACAGAAGGAGACCAAACACCAUCAGGAAAUAGAGCAGUGCAUUGCAGAGACCGAGAGCAUCAUGAGGAGCAACGAUGAGAAGCAGAGGGAGGUGGAGGAGAAGGAGGAGAGGCUCAGGGAGGUGGAGGCAACAUGGAGCGAAGAGCAAGUCAGGCACGAGAGGCUGAAAUCAGUGAUGUCUGAGCUGUGGAGGAAGGAGAAUGAUCUGAAGAUGUCAAUUCAUGGGCUGAUAGAGAAAACCAGCUUAUUGCUUCAGCCCAAAGACGUGAUGAAGGCUGAGCUGGCUGAGAUGCGAGAUGGUCACAUGGACAUGCUCAGCAAACAGGCCUCAGAGCUGAGAGCUGCAGAGAUGAGCAUCUAUGACAGCAGGGUGAAACUGGAGCAGGUCAGCAUGGAGAACAGCAGGCUGCAUCUCUGUAUCCAACAGAUGACAGAGGGUGUUAGCAGAGCCAGGGAGGACAAAGACAGAUACUGGCAGGAGAUUCAGCGGUUCAGGCAGGACACACAGGCCUUGUUUAAGAGUUUACAGGAAGCAUGGAGAGAGGAUAUCAUGGUGACUCGGGACUGUCAGAGCAACGAUGGUGUCCUGUUAUUGUCAAUGAGUGCCACACUAAACCGCCUGAGGACCAGAAGACAGCAUUUAGGGAAUGUCAGCACACUCCUGCAUCGACAAAUGUUAGACUUCAGCAGACGGCUGGGAGAUAAAACAGCUGCACAGCACAGUGUGCCUGCUGACUUGUAGGGGACUAAUUCACUGCAGAAUUCACAUAAACCUAAAGCUGGUAUUAAGUUGUAAUAAAAACUUUAAAUAAAGCUCACAGAAUCAAGGUGAUGAAUCAA